AUGAGUUCACAAAAUUCUAGUCGAGAUUCUGGUGCCUUUACGAAUGUAAAUGACCCAAACAAGCCUGUUCAACACUAUUUGAACACGGUUUACCUAACUUUUGGAAGCCUCUGUUUUUUGGCUGCUUCUGGAGCUUAUACUGGCUUAUACCUGAUUAAA